AUGAAGUUUAACAACACCACCGCGUUUGUAGUUUUGAUGAUUAUCAAAUACACAGCAGUGAAUGGCAAUCCUGGACAAUAUUUCCUUAUUGCCUUCCCACAAAAUUACCAUGGAAAGGCGGAAGGUUUGGUAAAUUUGAUUAUUAUAUCAGCUUCCAACCAGAAUGUAGAUGUCCAGUUAACAUUUCAUACACCAGUCUGGUUCGUACCACCACUUGAUCUGUCAUUUAAAUUGAAAGCUGGAGAGCGUCGCCAGGUUGAUGUUUUAGGAACGAUCCGAAUGCCGAUAGGAACUAGUGUAGACUAUCGUUCAGUAAGUAUCAGAUCGACUGGGAAUAUUAUAGUCUUGGUGUACAACAAACAGGCCUCAAAUGGAGAUGCCUUUUUAGCAAUUCCAGUAUCUCAAUUUGGACUAGAAUACUUUUCGGUAAAUUAUGACAUCACGAGGUCGAUGGCCGCCUCGUUUAUCCUGAUAACCGCCCCUCAAAACGACACUAUAGUAAAAGUACGGCUGCCAAAGCUGAAAAAAGUCGGAUGGAUUUCAUAUGAUAAUCGUGACUACCAUUCUCUUGAAACAAUGGUUAUACAUUUAUCUGAACAUCAAGCUUUUCAGUUUCAAGUUAAGGACGAUUUGACUGGAAGCCAUAUUGUUUCCAACCGACCCGUCUCUGUGAUAAGUGGUCUCAACAGAACAAGUGUUUACUACAAUAGAUGCAUUUCACACGUGUCUGACUUGAUGCCGCCAGUGGAACGAAUGUCCACAACGUAUGUUACUAUAUCGUUCCCACAACAUAUUAGACUGGAUGUUUAUCGUAUACUAGCCGUCUCACCGGACACGAUAGUUUCCGCUGGAAAUAUUACAGAUAUUAUACUAUCGGAACCAGGACAAUAUAAAGAAAUUUAUUUAGAACCGUACAAAUAUGUUUACAUCGAAGCAACUAAACCAAUACUUGUGGCGCAACUUAGUAGUUCACCCGUUGACACUUCCAACAGGUUUGGCGAUCCAUCAAUGGUAGUGUUAAAUCCAACAGAUGCUGCUAAAGAACAGUAUUACUUCUCAACUCCCAAUUUACAAUCAUACCUUACCAUCGUGAUAGAUAAAGACCAUACAGCUGGAUUAAGACUAGAUGGGACGCCUAUAGAAAUAGAGUGGUUCAAUGUAACCGGAAACGACAGCCUAGUUGUUGGUGAACUGGUGAUAUCUCAAGCUAAAUUUCACAAAGUAAAUCAUGUGUCGGGAAUCAAGUUUUUAGGUUAUAUCCAGGGAGGAAGUUCAUGUGAAGCCUUUGCGUUUCCUCUUGGAUAUCGUGAUUUUGUCACUAAUUCAUCUUGCAACGCCUUUCUUAAGGAAGACAGUUGUAUGGAGAAUUCGGAUAACAAUUCCAGUAUCAACAAUCAAGCAGCUAUUCGGUCAGUAACCUCAUCCUCUACUUUAAAAUACCAAUAUUCCUUGAAAUCAAAGCAGCUUCAGAGUAAUAGCAUCAUCUCAUGCCAUAUAGAGUGUGUUUAUCUAGAAGGUUGCUGGGGAUAUAAUUAUAGAGCGCCAUCUAUUCGACCCGGAGAAACUAACUGUCAUUUACUGUAUGGUGAAUCGGCUGGUAAUGCAAAACUUGAUGAUUGGAAAUUCUAUGCUCAAGAAAUUAAAUGA